UUCUCCUCCUUCAGCUCCUGUCUCCUCCCAGCUGAAGAAGCAGGAGGCAGUCAGUGUGUGAGACGCGCGCAGCGUGGAAUUUUUUUUGGAGGAGAGACGUCUUGGAAGGUUUACGCAUGACGCAACGACAAAGCUGAAAAACCUCCCCUUCCUCAGACAGACGGGACAGCUCCAAGCCGAACUGUUCAGGGUUUUUGAUUUUGGGAUCCACUUCAUCACAGACGCUCCAAACAUCAGAACUUSUUCUUUUUUUAUUAUUAUUUUCCCUCUCUGCUUCUUUCGGAUCUUGUUCUUUCGGAUCUCCGGGGUGACWGUCAGAGAGGAGUGGAAAAGAGCAACAGUGUGUGAGUGUGUGUUUAAAGAGAUCAGAGAAAAAAAAAGAGGGGGAUGAUCCCGCCGGCUAACGCAGUUCAGGAGGACAGUGGAGGCAAAGAGGACGAACGGGAUCAAGAUGAGACACCAAAAUCCCCAACGACGAGCGCCAGCCAGGAAACCAAGAGUACUGUGAGACCUGAGCAUCACAAGCGCAAGCUGCAGAGACUCAAGCGCUCCCUGUCCUUCAAGACCAAGAGCAUCCGCAGCAAGAGCGCCGACAACUUCUUCCGAAACAGCAGCGAGAACAAGACYGAGCUCCUCUCCGAUGUGAGCAGCAGCACGGGCCAUCUCUGCAACAUCGGGAUGGCCCCGCCGCACACCACGGGCCUCCCCAUUCCUCCGGUCCCUCCGGCCAUUCCCUGCGCUCCCCCUCCCACGUCGCGUGCCCAGCCACGCAACCCCCUGCAGGUAGACUCGGCGGGACACUGCUUCAUGGAGCACAUCUUCAAGAAGCCCACGUUCUGCGACGUCUGCAACCACAUGAUUGUAGGCACAACAGCCAAGCACGUGGUGUUCUUGGCGGGAAACACGGCGAAGCACGGCCUACGCUGCAAAGCCUGCAAGAUGAGCCUGCACCACAAGUGUGAGAAUGGAGUCGGGCAGCAGCGUUGCAUGGGGAAACUGCCCAAAGGUUUCCGGCGGUACUACAGCUCUCCAUUACUAAACCAGGAGCAGUACGGCUGCAUCAAAGAGGUCAUGCCCAUCGCCUGUGGGAACAAGGUGGAUCCUGUGUAUGAAGCCCUGAGGUUUGGAACAUCACUGGCACAAAAGGCCAAGAGGGCCAGUGGCUCGGAGUCUCCACACAGAAACUCGGCGAGUGACUUGGAUAAUGUUCCAGAGGAGGUUGUUGCUCACAGCAGUAGGCAGGAGCUGACGAGGAAGCACAGUGAUGACGUUUUUACGGUCAUUGAAAAUGGAACGGAGCGUUACCACCUGCCAGAGAGAAAAGCUGAGGAGUUACAGAUGGAGCGGGUGCAGAGAGAUGCGCUCAAGUUCAACACCUACGUGGCCUUGUACAGCUUCAGUGCACAGCAGAGCCAUGAGCUUGAGAUGAGAGCAGGAGACAGAAUCCUACUGGCUGAUGAUUCCAAUGAAGAUUGGUGGAAGGGGAUUAUUGAAGACAGGAUCGGUUAUUUCCCAGCAGCCUUUGCUCAUCAGCUGCAGGACAGAGAACAAGUGUUCAGGUGCAUCAGGACUUUCAUCGGCUGCAAAGAACAAGGACAGAUCACUCUGAAGGAAGGACAGAUCUGUGUGAGCGGUGAGGGCGAGCGUGGCGGCUUCAUCCGAGUGGAAAAUGGYAAGAAGAGAGGCUACGUUCCCUGCGACGUCCUGGAGAUCAUCUGAGACCAAGCGUCAGAGAGGUGAAGARGGGUAAAAAGGAAGGAGGAGGGAUCAGCCCCCAACCACCACCCCAUGGGGGGGCACGGGACGGCAUGGAGAGGAGCACCACACCGUCAAACUCUGACGAGCCGAGGAUGGUUUUGACACUAAAGACUCCGCUUUACAGCAGGUCAGAGUCUCCCUCUUGGGGGCAAAAUGAGAAAAAAACUGCUUUAAUGUUUGACAGGAGACAGGAGAUCACUGUGUCGGUGUUUUCUUUUGACAUCUCUGUGUUUCAUUUCUUAGUUUUAAAACCAUUUUCCUAAAGAAAGAGCUGCUAACUGAUUUUAAGCUUUACAAACAAAAACAACCACUUCUUUUUUUUCAAAGUAUUAUCUAGUUUGUUUCCUGUAUUUUUUUAUACUUUUUAUAUGUUCUGUGGAAAUGCUAGCGCAACCAGAUUGGUCUGAUUGGCACCCCUUUUGUGAAAAAGACACUAUCGUAUAAAUAUCUGCUGAACUGAACAUAACAAAGAGCAUUUCUCAGAUAAGCAAUAAUCACAUCAAAUCACACGAAGCAUGUUGAUAUUUUGUAGAGAUUAAUUGCACUACUUAGUUCUAGAGUAACCAAAACUGUUGCAUGCUCUAAAAUUCGGCAUUGACCCUGGAAAACGGUUUGGCUGCAGAUAAAAAGACCAAAUAGAGAAACCCAGAUUAAGCUCCGAGACCUACGGAUGUAAGAAAUACUCUGAAUGGGCUUGUGCAUGAGUCAUUAAUCGGACUAUAUGUUGUAACAAUGAAACCUAAGUCGUGUAAACGUCUCAGUAAAACAUGUUGUUCUUCAGA